UUACAAUCUUAUCAAAUAAUACUUAAAUAUGUCAUACAAUAUCACUGAAAUGCGAAUGCAGUAGGUUUUUACAAUAUUUUAUAUGAAAAAGUUCCUAUAAUUUUUCUAAUUGUAACCGAUUUAAAGUUUGAUUAUAGCCAGCAUUCAAGUAUCCAACAAUAGCACUUGAUUAAUAUAUGUGGCCAUGAAGCUGUUUAAGCCAAUAUCAGUGCUGCGAUAUGGUCGAAAACGUAGGGUGUCACGAGGAGUCAGCACCUGGUCCCCGCUGGCCACUGCCUUCAACACAAGACCUAACUCUCAGCCUGUAUUUGAUACAUUGAGGGAAAGAACAGGACUUUUUAACAAACCAGAACUGACAAGUUUUGAAGGCUUCUACACUUUGAAGGAUCAGGCUAUUGCAGCAACGGAUAGAUUGAUAGAGGAAGCAAUAUCUGGUCCUACGAGGCCUAUGGUGGAAGUGUUUGAUGAGCUCUCAGAUACAUUGUGCAAAGUAGCAGAUUUAGCCGAAUUUGUUAGGAUUGCUCAUCCGCAACCACACUUUGCGAGUGCUGCUGAAGAUGCAUGUAUCAGUAUCAGUGGAGUUGUGGAAAAAUUAAACACGCACAAAGGUUUAUAUGAAGCGUUGCGUGAUUCAGUCAGACGGGGAACAUCCGGUGACAAGCAUUUAGCAGAAUUGUUUUUAUUUGACUUUGAGCAGAGUGGCAUACAGCUGGAGGAUGAGCCUCGCAAACGAGUGGUGGCGCUCAAUGACCUCAUACUGCAGACGGGCCAGCGCUUCAUGGCUGGAGCUGCAAAACCACGACGUGUACCCAGAUCUGCUGUGCCGCAGAAUGUCAGGCAGUUUUUCAGUAGCGAGGGUGACAACGUGAUAGUGAGCGGUGUGUACGCAGAGUGCGGUGAGGCGGCGGCGCGCGAGGCUGCUUACCGCCUGUACCUUGCGCCCGAGCCUGGGCAGGACCGCUUGUUGCACACAACACUGACUGCCAGACAUGAGAUGGCCACCAUAUGCGGUUUCCAGAGCUACGCGGACAGAGCAAUUAAAGCAAGUAUAAUGGAAAACGCAGCAUAUGUCCGUGAAUUCCUCGACAUACUGUCCGACAAUCUAUAUGACAGAGCAAAGAUGGAUUUUGAUACAAUGUUAAAGAUGAAAAAGAAGGAAACUCCAUACCAAGACUCUCUGAUGUGCUGGGACACGCCGUACUACACUCAUAAGGCGAAGACACAACUCCUCAAUGUAGCAAAUUCAGAUUUCAGUCCAUAUUUCUCGCUCGGUGGAUGUAUGGAAGGAUUGAAUAUGCUCUGUCAAGAAUUGUAUGGAAUUACAUUGAAAUCUGAAGAAAUGCUGCCGGGUGAAUCCUGGUCUCCGGAUGUGUACAAGCUGGCUGUGGUGCACGAGGAUGAGGGUCUGCUGGGGCACAUAUACUGCGACCUGUAUGAGAGGCCCGGCAAGCCGCACCAGGACUGCCACUUCACCAUACAGGGUGGCAAGCUGCUGCCAGACGGCACUUACCAGAACCCAAUAGUGGUGAUAAUGUUAUCUCUGAGUGGCGGACACCGGUGCGGGCCGGCGCUGCUGAGUGCGGGCGCGGUGGACAACCUGUUCCACGAGGCGGGGCACGCGCUGCACUCCAUGCUGGGCCGCGCGCCGCACCAGCACGUCGCCGGCACGCGCUGCGCCACGGACCUCGCCGAGCUGCCUAGCGUACUACUGGAACACUUCGCAUCUGAUCCGCAGGUGGUGCGGCGUUUCGCCCGACACUUCCAGACGCGAGAGGCCAUGCCCGAGGACAUGCUGCAGCGACUUUGCGCUUCCAAACAUCUCUUCGGAGCCAGCGAGAUGCAGCUGCAGGUAUUCUACUCAGCACUAGACCAGAAGUACCACGGCCCGGAGGCGGUGCUCGGCCGCUCCACCACAGACGUGCUCAAACAAGUACAGAAACAGUACUACGGCCUGCCUUAUGUUGAAAACACGGCAUGGCAGCAUCGCUUCAGUCACCUGGUAGGGUACGGGGCGAAGUACUACUCGUACCUGAUCUCCCGCGCGGCGGCCUGGGGCGCCUGGAGCGGACAGUUCGCGACACAACCACUCAACAGACAAGCUGGAGAUGCCUUCCGGCACGGCGUGCUGCGACAUGGCGGGGCGAAGCCUCCACAGAAACUUCUACGAGACUACUUGGGUAUGGAGAUCACACCGAAAGCGCUCGCCACCGCAUUGACAGAUGAACUGGACUAUCAUAAAGACAACUUGGACAGGGUGUUCAGAAUUUCUGACAAAUAAAUAUCCCAACAAUAAUAAUGGAAUAGUCUAAUGGAAUUAAAACAUACUGUAUAUAGGUUUUACAGAUUGUCCCGUUGUAUUUAAUGUACAGUUAACGAGUCUCAUGUUUCAUUAAAUUUUAGUUUAUUAGAAUUUAUAUUUAGUCCAAUUGUAUUAGCUCGUUUUUUUUUAAUAUUUACAUUAUUUUUAAACUCGCACUAGUGUAGUCUUUUAUAACGAUUUUGUUUGAGCAAAGUAAUAAAAUGCAUAAUAUUAGAUUAUCAAAACUUUACUGAUGCUCAAAUAUUAUACAAGACAUAAUUGUUACAAUAACUUUGGACUUAGGAAGAUGGAAUUAACGGGUUUCCAUUGUCAUAACACCUGUUGUAAAAUUGCUGUAUACCAACAAAACGAUAUUUUUAAACAAGUGUUGCGACAAUGGAAACAUCAAAAAUUAUUAAGGUACAAUUAAUUAUUUCAG